UCCUGCUAGAGAGCUCUACAACCCAACUGUCUAUGUGUGCUGUUUAAGUACCUCUGGGAAGUAUACGCUGUUUUGAAGAGCGUGUGUGUGUGAGAGUGUGUGUGUUGUAGAAGGACAGAGCCUGAGGAGAUGCACACACCCCGUCCAGACCAGCGUGUGAGUAUUUGUGGGAACAAGCGGUGCAGCGUCUGACGGAACCGGAGAGGAGAGGUCUGGAUCGACAGAUUCACACGCUCCACCGGGCACUAGGCAGCGGACAGCCGGUUUGCUGACUUUCUGAUUGUUGACACAUUUUCUCAGAGCCAUCAUAUAACUCUUUCUCUCUCUCUCUCUCGCUCGCUCACUACUCCCCCCCUCGUCUCUGUGUGAUAGUGUUGAACUAGCCUGAUCUGGUCUGGUUGGUAACACAGUAAGGUAAUGAUGUGUGAGGUGCAGUCGGUGGACAGAGUCAGACCCACACGACUCCCCAGGCGACAGGUGCACUGAGACACUAGCUCAGCUCCAAUCCUCAGGAGGAGAGGAAAACAGAGGAAGAGAGAGACAGACUCCGCUUUCAUCCCUGGGGCCAUGGACACGGCUGGUCAGAGUGCGCCGGCGACCGAAGCAGGGGGAGAGGGUCGAGGAGGAGGGGGGGAGAGUCGCGAGGGGGUGUUUGUCGGGUCUGUGGACCGGGAGAAUGUGUCCAGCCCAAGCCCCUCCACCAAGCAGCGCUCCCUGAGGGCAGUCUAUGUGCUGAACGAUGGGCUGAAGGCAGUGCUGGCGACCAGCCCCGAGUCGGGGGCGCUCCAGUGUCUGCAGAGAGCCUGUGAUGCAGAGAGCGCUCUGCUGACCACCGUCACCUUCGGACGGCUGGACUUUGGAGAGACCUCGGUGCUGGACACCUUCUACGAUGCAGACAUAGCCGUAGUUGAUAUGAGUGACGUGUUCCGUCAGCCGUCGUUGUUUUACCAUCUGGGUGUCAGAGAGAGCUUCGACAUGGCCAACAAUGUCAUCCUGUACCAUGACACUGACCCCGACACCGCUCUGUCACUGAAGGACAUGGUGGCACAGAAAAACACUGCGUCUAGAACACAGACAUUAGGGUUCCCCUGGGUUCAGCUCCCUCCAGAGUACAGAGGCUCUGGAUUACGCAACAAAGCAUCCAGUGGUAACUACUACUUCAUCCCCUAUGUGCUGACUCCUAACCAUGAGUAUAUGUGUUGUGAGAGCGAUGCCCAGAGGAGGGCCAGUGAAUACAUGCAGCCCAGCUGGGACAGCCUGCUGAGUCCUCUCUGUCUGCCACUCACCGACCGGUUCACCUCACUGCUCAAGGACAUCCACGUCACCUCCUGUGCCUCAUUUAAGGACACUCUGUUGAUGACAUCAGGAAGGGCCCGUGAUAAGUACCAGGGGAUGGAGCUAGCCAAGGAGCUGUCUCGUAUCAAACUCCGCAUCGACAACACAGGUCUAACACAGGACAUCGAUGACCUGCUGUCUCUAUACAGAACAUACAGGACUAUGAAUGCCAUGGUGAAACUGGUGCAGCUCUGGAGAUGCUGCACCUGUGACCUGGCCACACAGCCCAUGAUACAGUUCCACUACCUCUUCGCUCUCAAUAGGAGGAACAGCCCGGGGGACAGAGAGCAGGCUCUAGGUGUGAUGUUACAGGUGUUACGGUCAUGUGACCACCCGGCUCCAGACAUGUUCUGCCUGUGUGGACGGAUCUACAAGGACAUCUUUCUGGAUUCUGACUGUAAAGACACCAAGAACAGAGACAACGCCAUCCAGUGGUACAGGAAAGGUUUUGAGCUCCAGCCAACUCUCUACUCUGGUAUCAAUCUGGCUAUUCUGCUCAUUGUUGCUGGACAACAGUUUGAGAGUUCCAUCGAGCUGAGGAAGAUAGGUGUAAGGUUAAACAGUCUCCUGGGUCGUAAGGGCUCGUUAGAGAAGAUGAAUAACUACUGGGAUGUCGGUCAGUUCUUCACCGUUAGCAUGUUGGCUAACGACAUCCCUAAAGCUACGCAGGCCGCAGAGAAACUCUUCAAACUCAAACCACCCAUCUGGUACUUGCGGUCUGUGGUUCAGAACCUGCAGUUGAUCCAGAGAUUUAAGAAGACAACAGUAGAACACUCUCCCCAGAGAGAGAGGCUCAACUUCUGGAUGGACAUAAUCGUAGAGGCCACUAGAGGAAAAAGCAACGGACUGCGCUUCCCGGUGUUGAUCCUAGAGCCUACUAAGGUCUACCAGCCCUCAUAUGUUUCCAUCAACAGCGAGGCGGAAGAGAAGAACGUCUCCAUCUGGCACGUCUCCCCUGCUGAAACGAAAGGGAUCCAUGAGUGGAACUUCACUGCAACAUCCAUCAAAGGAAUCAGUAUCUCUAAGUUUGAUGAGCGCUGUUGUUUCCUGUAUGUUCACGACAACUCAGAUGACUUCCAGAUCUACUUCUCUACUGAAGACCAGUGUGGCCGGUUCUGUUCCAUGGUGAAGGAGAUGAUUUCUGAUGGAACAGGAAAUGCAGUGGAGCUGGAGGGAGAUGGAGACGGAGACACACUGGAGUACGAGUAUGACAUUAACGAGAAGGCGGACCGUGUGGUGCUGGGCCGGGGGACCUAUGGAGUGGUGUACGCUGGGAGAGACAUGAGCAACCAGGUCCGCAUCGCCAUUAAAGAGAUACCAGAGAGAGACAGCAGGUACUCCCAACCCCUUCAUGAGGAGAUAGCGCUGCAUAAGUACCUGAAGCACAGGAACAUUGUUCAGUACCUGGGCUCAGUCUCAGAGGACGGAUACAUCAAGAUCUUCAUGGAGCAAGUCCCUGGAGGCAGUCUGUCAGCGUUGCUGCGGUCAAAGUGGGGUCCGUUGAAGGAGGCAACCAUCAUCUUCUACACACGACAGAUCCUGGAGGGACUCCGUUAUCUCCACGAGAACCAGAUAGUACACCGUGACAUCAAGGCACCUGCAGUACAUGGCUCCAGAAAUCAUAGAAAAGGGUCCUCGGGGUUACGGGGCUCAGCUGACUCUGGUCUCUGCGGCUGCACCAUCAUAGCAGAUGGCUACUGGAAACCCCCCUUCACGGCUGGAAGCUCAGGGGGGAUGUUUAAGACCACCCAAGAAUCCCAGAGUCCGUUGUCGUUGGAGGCCAUAGUCGUUAUCCUGCGUUGUUUUGAGCCUGAACCCAAGCAGGGCUACCCCUCAGACCUGCUCAAAGAUACUUUCGUACGCACACAAUGUCAAGCGGAAAGAAGAGCAAAAUCGCCUUCAAAGCCAUCAGCUGGUUCUCUUACACUGUGUGUGUGUGUCUGUGUGCGUGUGUGUAUGUGUAUGUGUUGGCCAGACUACAUCCGCAGUGUGUCACUGCCAGUGCAGUUACAGUGUGAGGCCACCGGGAGCAGCAGCAGCGAGCCUGGCUCAGUGAGUCCAGACUGCGACUCCAAACAGGAUGUCUUCUUUCAGAAGAACAAACGAUCAGGGUCAGAGAACCUGCUCAAACCACCUAGCAACAACUACCUAAGCAGUCAGUACGCUCAGCUCGCCCUCUCCUCCCGCUCCGCCUCAGCGCUCACACCUCUUGAGCCCAGUUGGCGCGGCUUCAACAGGAGACCAUUGUGUGGUGUCGUGGUGGGGCUCCUCUACAAGGUCCUAAACGAGGACCAGGACAAAGUAAUCUCCAACCUCCUGGAGAACCACAUACAGGGCAGUGAGGAGUUGCAGCUCUCCGUGGACCACAUUAAACAGAUCAUCUGUAUCCUGAGAGAUUUCAUCCACUCCCCGGAGCGACGCGUCAUGGCAACAACCAUCUCCAAACUCAAACUGGACCUAGACUUCGACUCCACAUCCAUCAACCAGAUACAACUGGUUCUUUUCGGCUUCCAGGAUUCAGUGAACAAGGUCCUGAGGAACCAUCAUAUUAAACCUCACUGGAUGUUUGCUAUGGACAACAUCAUCAGACGAGCAGUACAGGCUGCAGUCACCAUCCUCAUACCGGAGCUCCAGACCCACUUCGGCCCGGCCUCAGAGAGCGAGGGACCAGAUAAGGAGGAGGAGGAAGAGGAGGAGGAGGCAGAGUUUGGCCCUGUAUUGGUCACGCCUCCAGACGACCCUGCUGUGACCCCCGAACCCGUGGUGACCUCAGCAGUCAGUACGCUCAGCUCCGCCCUCUCCUCCCCGCCUCCGCCUCAGCGCUCACAGCCUCUUGGAGCCCAGUUGGGCCGGCUCAAACAGGAGACCAACCGGUUGUUGGAGGAACUGCUGCACAGGGAGAGAGAGUACCAGCAGGUCCUGAAGACAACACUACAGCAAAGACAACAUGACCUAGAGCUGGUAGGGUCAGAUACAGACCCCUACGUUCCUCCUCCCUCUAUCUUCCAAGUCCCAGUUGACCACGAGCCUGAUAAGCAGCUCACUGAUUGGCUGAAAGACCAGAGUGCGGAUGCAGACACCAUAGACAAGUUUGUAAUGGAGGAGUACACGCUGAGCGAUGUCCUUAAUGAUGUCACUAAGGAGGACCUGCGCUACCUACGCCUACGGGGUGGGGUGCUAUGUCGUAUAUGGCGAGGUAUCCAGAGGCACAGAGAGCGAGAGAGGCUGACAAGGGAUGACUCCAAAGAUGACGGAUGAUGGGAUACAUGAACUACGACUGCCUUAACACACGCACACACAGAAAUAAAAUGAAUAGAACGAGCGUCCCCAUUCAAGUCAAUGAUGGCAUAAUGGUUGGGCAGGCAGCCAUUGCAAGUGUACCCAUAGGGGCAAAGCAGGAAGUGAAAGCUGGAAGUGUACCCAUCAAUCUGUGUUGUGAUUUGUUGAAUCAACUCAACUGACAUUACAAAAAAAUACAUUCCAUGA